AUGGCGGACUCCGGUAUGUACGAUUUCCUGAAACAACCGUCGGAAUCAGCCACCGGAAAGCCAGCUUCAGCUUCUCGGCUUUUCCCUUGUCUCUACUGCCCUCGCAAGUUCUACACCUCUCAAGCUCUCGGAGGUCACCAAAAUGCACACAAGAGAGAGCGCGCCGCCGCUCGGAGAAGCUUCGCAGUAGAACGAUUGGCUCGUCUUAAUGCCGAGCCCUCUCCGGGCCCUGGUGCACCUUUUCUCGAACAUUGGUUCGAACCCCUCCGAGCCCACCAGUACCACCCCUCAAGCUCAAUCUCUCAUGCCGUUCAUGGUGGUUCCACUCCCGAAGCUCUCUCCCCUUCCACUGAGCCUGCUGACCACGUAAACCUUGACCUCACCCUCCGUUUAUAA